GACAACCCAUAUCCAAUGCUGUCACUCUCACUCACUCUUGCUCCACACUAUCAUCCCCUUCCUUCAGCUUCACCAAAAAUCCUCCAUCUUCAUUCUCCUUCAUCCACGCUCUUUCCAAUGGCCACUCUCUUUAGUUUUCACACCACCCUUCGCCCCUCUUGCUAUCUUCCAUCAUCACCCUCCUCACUUCCACACCCCUUCUCCAACACCCUCUCCACAACUUUCUUCGGCAACACUGUAAGCCUCAAAUAUGCUGCCACUUCCACAACCAACAGUGCCCGUUCACUCUCUGCUCGCAUGUCAUGGGACGGUCCUCUCUCUUCCGUCAAAUUGAUCAUUCAGGGUAAAAAUCUCGAGCUCACUGAUCCUGUGAAGGAGCACGUGGAAGAUAAGGUGGGAAAGGCGGUGCAGAAGCAUAGUCACUUAGUGAGAGAGGUUGAUGUGAGACUUUCUACUAGAGGAGGAGGUGAAUUUGGGCGAGGACCCAGAACUCGUAGGUGUGAGGUGACUUUGUUCACUAAGAGGCACGGAGUGUUGCGGGCUGAGGAGGACGCUGAAAGCACCUACGGAAGUAUAGAUUUGGUAUCAUCAAUCAUUCAGAGAAAGUUGAGGAAAAUAAAGGAAAAGGAGUCGGAUCAUGGUCGCCACAUGAAGGGUUUCAAUAGGUUGAAGGUUAGGGAGCCGGUGGAGCAAUUACCUGUGACAGAGGAUGAAAUAUUAUCCCCAGAGGAGGAAGAAGAAUCAAUUGAUGAGGUUGUUCGCACAAAGUACUUUGACAUGCCACCCUUGACUGUGUCUGAAGCAAUAGAGCAACUUGUAAAUGUUGAUCAUGACUUCUAUGGUUUUCGAAACGAAGAAACUGGGGAAAUUAAUAUUGUGUAUAAAAGAAAAGAAGGUGGAUAUGGACUCAUUAUACCCAAAGGGGAUGGUGAAGCAGAGAAAUUGGAGCCUGUUGUGCUUGAACCAGCUGCAGAACCCUCCCUGAAAGAAUGAUAUGCACCUGCAAGAAUUUUUCUUUUUGUUAGAAUAUAAGAGCUUGUACAUGAUUAGCGGAUACUAAUGGCAAUUUCUUGGAGCCAGUGCAGAGGCAAUUUCAGUGUAGUCUCUGACCUUUUAAAUUGCAAAAUGAAAGGGAUGCACCAUUUUCUGCGCACUGUAUUUGCAUAUAAUUUCCAGAAUAUGUCUUUUCUCCACACAAUUUCAUCGCUGGUUUUGUUC